AUGGCGCAUGGUCGGCCUGUCCACCGGGAGUUCUCCCAACUGUGUCCCUCCGAGCCCGGGAGCCUGCUCGACAGCGUGCGCAACGUCGUCGGCCUCGGAAGUGGCACUUUGCUCUCCGACGACGCCAACAUCUCCGUGCUGCCGCUCGGUGACGGCCGGGUGAUGUGCCUCACGGAGACCACCAAGAGCUCCGUUCUGAUAGACACGGAGACGCUCGAUACCAUCGGCAAGUUCCAUUACACGGACCGGCUAAGGGGCUUGCUACAGACCACGCACCCCCGGUUGUGA